CAACCGCAGUGGAAGUGGUGUUAAAAAAAGCCCAAAAAAAACUAAAACAAAAAAAUUGUGGUGAAAAGUGGUGAAGUUAAACGGGUUUAAAAUUUCCAGUUGAAAAAAAAAGUUUUUAAUUUAAAAAACAAAAAAAAAAUGGAGGAUGAUGAGAAAAUGGAUAUAAUGCGCAAAGCAUUCCAAAUGUUCGACACCCAAAAAUCAGGUUUUAUUGAAUGCCUGCGCCUCAAGACCAUACUCAACAGCAUGGGUCAAAUGUUCGAAGAAAGCGAGCUGCAAGAACUCAUCGAUGAAAAUGAUCCCGAGGAUACGGGCAAGGUAAAUUUCGAUGGCUUCUGUAAUAUAGCUGCCCAUUUCCUGGAGGAGGAAGAUGCCGAGGCCAUACAAAAGGAAUUGAAAGAGGCCUUUCGCCUGUACGAUCGUGAGGGCAAUGGUUAUAUUACAACCUCUACACUCAAAGAAAUUUUAGCUGCCUUAGACGAUAAACUGUCGUCAAGUGAUUUGGAUGGUAUUAUUGCGGAAAUUGAUACGGACGGUUCGGGCACUGUGGAUUUUGAUGAAUUUAUGGAAAUGAUGACUGGCGAUUAAUUUUUUAAAAAAAAAACAUUUUCGAAAAGAAAACAAAUAAAUUUUCAUUGAAAACCAAA